AUGCCACGAGGAUCGUCGCGGGCCGCUCCGGCCUCGCCGCAAGCGCCUGAGGCGGCGCCAAAGCGACGCGCCUCAACUAGGUUGUCUACUUCGCAGCCCGAGAUCAAGAGGGUCAAGUCCAACGCCUCCUUGCCGGGAAAACCGGUUAAGUCCACGGCAAAGAAGAGCAAGUACUUUGAACCCGAGAGCUCCGAGGAACCUAGUUCGCCGUCUAGCGAGUCCGGUGGAGACGAAUCGGACUCCGCGUAUGAAGAAGACAAGGCCUUCGAUGUGUCGUCAGAGCACGACUCGGUGCCAGACGAGCCUAGCGAAAGCGAGGAAGACUCGAAGAAGUCUCAUCCAAAGGGUAGGCGGGCACGCACGGCCACGACGGAUAAGGAGCUUCUCAAGGGUAAAGAGCUCUGGCGCGAGGGCGUGCGAACGGGCUUGGGACCCGGAAAGGAGGUGUUUAUCCCCAAGCCCAAGGCGCGAGAUCCCGGCAACGUGCCAUACCGGGAUGAAAGGCUGCAUCCCAACACCAAGCUGUUCCUGCAGGAUUUGGCGAAGAACAACGAUCGCGAAUGGUUCAAAGGUAAGGCCAAGGCAAGCCAUCACCACUGCAUCGCCAAGCGCUUGCUCGCCAGAGCGCGAUUGCCAGACAAGAUCAUGCUGACGGUUCCACCCACAGCGCACGACCCUGAUUACCGCGCGGCAAAGAAGGACUUUGAGACCUUCGUUGAGACUUUGACCACGAAGAUCGCGGAGAAGGAUAGUACUAUUCCUGAACUGCCGGUCAAAGAUCUGGUAUUUCGUAUCCACCGCGAUAUUCGCUUUAGUAAGAAUCCACUUCCGUACAAGAUUCAUUUCUCGGCUGCGUGGUCCCGUACUGGCAAGAAGGGCCCUUAUGCAGCGUACUAUGUCCAUUUCCAACCUGGUGCUUGUUUUGUCGGCUGCGGCCUCUGGCACCCAGAGGCUGAUCAAUUGGCGACACUUCGAGAGGACAUCGACGAGAAUGCAGAUCAAUGGAAGGCGGUUCUCCGGGCGCCGGCCUUGCGCCGCGAUUUUCUGAACGGAGCGUCCGAUGACGACGAAGCGGUCGUGAAAGCUUUGGCUCAUGCCAAUAAGGAAUCGGCCCUGAAAACCAAGCCAAAGGGCUACGAUGCCGACAACGACAACAUCCAAUUGCUCCGACUACGCAGCUUCACUCUCGGACGGCCCGUCUCGGACGCAGAAAUGCUGGCUGCGGAUGCGCAGGACCGGAUCGUCGCGCUGGUUGAAGUCAUGGAGCCCUUCGUAAGUGUACACCGGCCCAAACCCAACUCAAUUCCCAUCACGCCGAAACCCCCCUCUUCUCUGUUUCCCCUCUCUUGA